AUGACAGGUGAUUAGUUCGUAAUAUAAAACCAUUCUAACAUCUUUAUUUUCAACUGUUUCCUCAUAGACCGUUUUGCUUGAAGAUUAAAAUCGCAAUAACUUAUCAUUUGAUAGAAGGGCUGUCAUGUUAUCAAUAGCUAAUAUUUUAUCAUUCGUAGCUCUGUUUGCUGGUUGUUUUACCCUAGCUGAUACAAGAAACUGCGGAAAAUUUCCAGAGACCAUGGUGGACACGACUGCUCGUUUGGCUAAACUCCGUGAUGAGAUGCACCGUGAGAAUAUUCAAGCUUAUGUUGUUCCUUCGACAGACGCACACGGGAGCGAGUACAUUCGCAAACGCGAUAAGAGAAGAAAGUUUAUCAGCGGUUUCAGUGGAUCGGCAGGAACAGCCAUUGUGACGUUAAAGCACAAGGCUGCGUUGUGGACAGAUGGACGGUACUUUCUGCAAGGUGAAAUGGAACUUGAUUGCAAUUGGAUUUUACAAAAAUCAGGUCAACCUGGAGUCCUUACGAAGACCGAAUGGCUUAAACACGUGUUGAAAUCGGGAGAAAAAGUCGGCAUAGAUCCUUAUUUGAUCAGCAUAAACGGAUGGAAUGAUAUGGAAGCGGCACUGAAAAAGAAAGGGAUAGUUCUUGUCGGAAUCAAAGAGAAUUUGGUUGAUCGAGUUUGGACGGAGCGUCCCGGCGAAGAACUUUUGAAUAUCUCUGUUCAGGAGCUUUCUUACACAGGUAAAAAAUGGUCGAAGAAAGUGCAAGAAGUUCAGGAGGAAAUGAAAAAUGUCGAGGCAAGCGCUCAUGUUGUAAUGGAAUUGGACUCGAUUUCAUGGUUGUUGAACUUACGUGGUAAAGAAGUGCCGUAUAAUCCUGUCUUUUUUGCCUAUGUUGUUGUUAAGAAAGACGAAGUUUUAUUCUAUGUGAAGGAAACGAAGAUCUCACCUUAUGUACGAAAACAUUUGCAAUUGUCGAAUUGCCCGAAGAUUGCCAGUUAUUGCAUCAAAAUAAGGCCUUAUGACUCUAUCGCGAGUGAACUUUCAAUUUUAAGCAAGACUGCGAAUGCCAAACUUUGGAUUAGUCCUAAGGUUAACUAUGCUUUAAAACAAGAUGUUGAUGAUAGCAAGAUAUACCUCGAGUGGUCGCCUAUACGUUUGAUGAAGGCGAAGAAAAAUAAAGUGGAGUUAGACGGAAUGAGAAAGGCAAACCUGAAAGACUCCGUUGCUUUGACGUAUUUUUUUAUGUACGCUGAAAAAAGGGUCGCGGAGAAAGAUGAAUUUCUGACUGAACUUUCUCUUGAAGCAAAAAUGAAAGAAUUACGAAGUCAACAACCACUUUAUCAAAGUCUAAGUUUUCCGUCCAUUGUUGGUUUUGGUCCUAAUGGAGCGAUCAUUCAUUACAAACCAUCCAAUAAAACUGAUCGAAAAAUCACCGACGAAAGCACACUUCUUGUGGACACUGGCUCACAAUAUCUAGAUGGUACCACUGAUAUUACCAGAACGGUCCAUUUUGGAACACCAACAGCCAAGCAAAAAGAUGCCUUUACACGUAUAUUGAUGGGACAGAUUGAUCUUGCAAUGGCCGUCUUUCCAGAAGGAACACACGGCCGUUUUGUCGAUAUCAUAGCACGUCAACCCUUAUUUAAAAAUGGUUUAAAUUAUCGUCAUGGUACUGGUCACGGCAUCGGUUCUUAUUUGUAUAUCCACGAAGGUCCUGGUCGUAUUAACGCAGGCUGCCCUUUACCUUUCGAGAAACCAAUGUCACUGGGUUUUGUGUUUUCUGAUGAGCCCGGUUACUAUGAAGAUGGAAGUUUCGGAAUAAGAAUAGAGACGGCUGUUGUUGUUGUAAAUGCUUCAACUCCGAAUCGUUUCAAUGAUGUCGAUUAUUAUACCUUUGAACCAAUAUCUUACUUUCCAGUCCAAAGAAAAAUGAUCGACGAAACAAUUAUGAGUGACAGACAGAUAAAAUGGAUUGACGAUUAUCAUCAAAAGACUGCCAAGAUAGUUGGAGACGAGUUGUUAAGAAAAAGCAAAAUAAACGAAUAUCAUUGGCUGAUUGAGCAGACAAAGCCCAUUGGUGGAAGGAACGUUGGAUCGCAUGCUACUGUACUUGUAACAUCACUUUAUUUUACUAUCAUGUCAACUCUUCUGGCAUUUUCAUUUUAGGCAAUUUCAACUUGUUUUUAUCUUUUUAUUGUGCAAUGAUAGACAAUGAGUAGAUUAGAAAACGUGUCUAUUAAUCUCAGUUGAUACCAGUGAUUUAACUUGUUGCAUUAAUGAUUAAAUGUGUGGGUUUAUGUA